GAAGCGAUGAGUCGGAUCGGACGUGAAGAACUGAACGGAUACCCCAAUGCCGUCACUUGUAAGCAAAGAUGUCAUGCCUUUCAUGCGCUCUGUUUACACUUUGACAGUACUGAAGAGAAGCCGCGUCGCCGAGGGACUUGCUAUGUCACUUUCAACCAUCAUGAAGUCAGAAUAACUGACGACGUUGUGGGCCUCCUUCAGUCGGCUUAGCUGUCCGGUAGAGCCAGGAAGUAUCCUGGACCCGAGACUGUUAGAGCCCCAACCGCGCUUCGUCCCACUGCAAACGGUUCGUCCAGGAUCUGAUGCGCCACAAUCAUGGAUCACAAGGACUCUGUCAGCAUCCGAGUGUUCUCUCUCAACUGCUGGGGGGUGCGUUACCUGAGCAAGCACUGCUCUCAGCGGUACGCCAUGAUCGGAGACAUGCUGCUCCAAGAAGAGCACGACGUGGUCCUCCUCCAAGAAGUGUGGAGUGAAAAAGACUACCUGUUUCUGAGAAAGAAAUUGGCCAGUAGCCACGUUCACGCACAUUACUUUAAGAGCGGGGUCAUUGGCAGCGGUUUGGCUAUUUUCUCCAAGCACAGAAUCCAAGACACGCUUCUUUACCGCUACUCGCUCAAUGGGUACCCAUAUAUGGCUCACCACGGGGACUGGUUUGGAGGCAAAGCUGUGGGGCUGGCCAUCCUGAACAUCGGCACGCUGACCGCCAACUUCUACCUGACUCACCUGCACGCCGAGUACUGCCGGGAGAGGGACGCUUAUCUGCCUCACAGGGUAGUCCAGGCCUGGGAACUGCAGCAGUUCAUCCGUCACACAUCCGCAGGCGCCGAUGUGGUGGUCCUCGGUGGUGACCUCAACAUGCACCCUCAGGACCUUGGCAACCGCCUGCUGACGUCUUACACAGAACUGCGGGAUGCCUACGCCGAGACCGAUAACUUUGACGGAUGUGAAGAUGGUCUGACUCUCAUUCUGGACAAUCCAUUCAUCAGCCAGAAGGUGAUCGCUCCGUUUGAGAAAGGCAUCAGAAUCGACUACAUCCUCUUCAAGGGUUCUUGCAAAGCCGACAUCCAGUGUGUGUCCAUGCGCACCACCAAAGGCUCCAUCCCAGGACAGGCUUUCCCCUACUCAGACCACGAGGCUCUGACAGCUGAGUUCACCCUCGCUCCGAGCGAGGCUGGCGGAGACUUUCGGUCGAGCAAUCGUGACUGUGCACCAGGGGACGUGGCCAGACUGGUGGACAUAUUGACUGAAGCCCGCACUGAGGUAAAAGUGGGUGUGCACUGCGCCGAGCGGAUGCGCUACACGGCGGCCCGCACGGCCGCUAUGGGCCUGGCCUUGCUGCUGCUAGAGCUGGCCAUUGCAGCCGUGCCCUGGCUGACGCUGGGGGCGGAGCAGGCCUUCCCGCUCACCACCUUCUACUUGCUGGUGGCACUCUGCUUGGCCAUCCUGCUGUGCACCUCGUUGCUCUACGUCUUCUACACCAUGGAGCUCAAGUCCCUGCAGGGAACCGAGGACCAGAUGAGGCUGUCCGUGGGUGGCCUUCAGGAGAAGCUGCGGGCCUUACCCCUGUCCCGGCCCACCGAGGGUGUGAAGCCCGGCAAUAUGUUCUGUGAUGAGGAAUAAUGGGAUUGUUCAAAUCUUAUCCAUCCACUUUCUGUACCGCUUAUCGAAGCUUUUUCUUAACCGAAAUAGUGAAUGCUCCAUUUAACAAUCUCACUCAAAUGUUUUAACACACUUUUCAGCUCAGGACGUGUAUCACAACUUUUGACACAUUUGCAGUAUAGUGAACAGCUUUAACAUUUGCAAUCGUCGACUGCAACUAUUUUCCGAGCACAUUAGGGAGAGAAAAACAUUUCUACAUUUACACCGCAAGUAAUUAUACCCAACUCUUGAUUUAUUUUUAUUUUUUUAUCAAAUCUGAUCUUGAUACGUACUCGUUCACAGUACAAAAACAAACACGACUUACAAUGUGAACGGAAGGCAUCCAUGAUGUGACACGCAUGUACACACAGCACAAUUCGGAGUCAUACGCACAAAUAAUGGUGUCGUGUGGCACAGUGUUUACCGAAGUAAAAAUGCUCCCCUGUACCGGCGCUUAUUUCAGAAUGACAGGUUUGAGGCAGGAAGAGUUAGAAAUAUUUUGGGAAAUGCGAUGAAAUUGCUCGAUCUCCUCAUUUCCUGAACAUGUCUACUAAAGAUGCAACAAAUGGAACAUUUUGUGGAUGAAUUACUACUAUCACCGCAAUCAUCCACUUUAUGCUUCAUGUUUCUGGUUGGAUGAAAUUAAAGUCAAAUAUAAAAGUAACACUCGAAACAACCUAGUAGGUUCACGGACUCUCCACAACCUGCACUAAGCGCAUAUUUUAUUUUUUAUGAACAUUGGUCGGAUGUGUACGAAUGAGCGUUUCUACUGCAGACGCAUCUGAUACAUUUAUGUCCACAUAUUAAAGUGGCCGUGUCAAAAAACUCUUUUGAGUUGCACCAUUCACAUCAUGAAAAAAUAUCAGAUACGUCACAUAUGGUUAAAAAAAAAAAGAAUUUACCUGCGGUGUGAAGGUGCCUUCGUAUAUCUCACUCCACAAGCUAGUCGCUCAGGAUAAUUGACAAUUGGCCUUCACUUUUUCAUUUGUUUUUAUUUUAUAUUGGAAUACAAAAAACAUUUAUAUAAAAACAGUUGAAAAGAAGCAGAAGAAAAAAAUAACCUUUAAAAAAAUCCCUUUAGACUGUCGUCAACAUGAUUUUUAUUUAGAAAAAAAAAUGUAAGACAUUUCUUAACACACCGCACUAACAGGAUAAUCUUGCAAGGUCAGAUGUUCUUGUGUGCACCAGAAAAUGUUUUGACACACUUUCCCAUUUUGAAAAUGUAUCAAAAUUGUUGCCACAAAAGAAUUUUGGUUGGCUAAUAUUAACAUAUUUAACAUUUGCGAUUCUCAGCAUGACCAUUUUUUAGAUCGAUCAGGCAGGAAUAAAAUAGCACACCACAAAAUAAUCAUUCAGGAUAAUCUUUUCGAGCCAUCAAACCAUCGAGCUUUUACUGAUCUUGAUCAUACGGUCUCAGUUAUCACUAUGUGUAUAACACGCUUCAACUGUUGGCCACUCAAGGAUUUGCAAUCGUAUUGAACUGGAUUAACAUUCGUGAUCAGCUUCGACCGGUUUUAGAGCAGAUUGUGGAGAGGUAAACUCAUUCAUAACACACCACACCCCGCUGGAUAAUUGUUAACGGGAAUGUGUGUACCCUGUUUUGCAAAUGCAAUAAGUAGAAAACGCGCGGGUGUUUGUCAUGGAGGAAAAAAGUCCUAGAGACAACCCACAACCUCCAUAUAGAAAGCUAACCUUGUGAAGCCCUCUAAAUUAACCGAAAGCCAUUUUGCUAUUUUAAUAAUCUGGAAUCUUUUGCUCUUUGUGGUCACUACAGCUGCAUGGUGACAAAGCUAUAGCGCAAGAGUGGUUUUGUUUUAAAAGGCCAGCAAUGCAAGUUUCAUUCCGCCCACCUACCGCUUUGAGGGGGGGACCACAUGCAGUAUUCCCAUUACUGUGUUUACUAAUUAUACUUGAACAUUCUCUGACUCCAUCCUACACAUUUCAAGAUGCAACCCUUUUCCAACACAUUUCACUCCCGGCCAGAAGUAAUUUUAGGAAGUACUGUGUAGGAAGAACUUUCUCAAUGACUUUUCUACCAUAACAUAUUGUCAUGGACACUCCUUGAUUUGAGCCGUAACAUCUCUGGAUGAUAUGUGAAAAAAAAAUGUAAAUGUAAAUCAUUUCAGCUAAUCUUUAGUUUAUCAAUGAUACAAACCUUCCUAGUAUAAUAUACAUAUGGCUGGGCCAAAUCUUACACUGAUGUUAUUUUAAUGUUUUAAGCUUUUGGGGCAUUGUGAGAAAAUGAGAUUCAUUCCAACUUACUACUGUGUUUUGCAUGAUGUUGAAAGCAAAAAAUAAAACAAUCAUGACGGCUGA